UCGGCUCUCUUCGUUCGGUGGAACAUAAAAAUAAAAGAGGUCCGCUAUAUAUUUUUUAAAAAAACUCCAUCAAACACCCCUUAACGGAUAAACAGACAAAUUGAAAUAAGUGAAUUAGUUAAUAAUUAUCAACUUGUGUGUAAGACUCGGACAACCAAACGUGCGCCGCCUCCACGAUCUCCACUUUUUCACUCUCUCUCUCUCCAUUAUCUGUAACAUCAUCAUUUGAUUGAAUUAAUAUCAUUCGGACUGAUAAUCAUUCUCCCCCUCUGGUCUCAUGGUGGUAGUUACGGGAUGAUGAAGCUAAGACAAUGUGCAACGUACAAAUGGGGCUCAUGAGGCUUGAUUCAGGCCUCCCCCCCACUGCGCUAGGUCUUAGAGGAUGCACAAGCUAGCCAAGGGUCUCAAGAAGAAAAAAAAGUCGAAGAAGGGUAAGAAGGGAGCUGAGGAGGACGAGUUUGAUCCAGAGGAGCUUGAGCGUUAUCGGCGUGAACGGGCAGAGGCCCUCGAGAAAGCAGCACUAGAGUCAACUGGUGAACAAGGAGCUGCAGCUGGCUCCGACGAGUGGAAGAAAUUCCAGGCCCUAACAGCUGGUGUUGAUGAUAUCCUGAAGAAGACCCAGGGUGAUCUAGAUCGAAUAAAAUCCACUUCGUUCUUCCAGCGGGUGGCCCCUGUCGUUGAAGAGAAAAAGCCUGAAGAAGAUCCUGAAGUAAAGAAGAACCGAGAGAGACGGUACCUCGGCUUCGACAAGGAGGGAAAUCCCAUCGAGCAGGACGAGACAGACGAGGGAAACAAGAAGAAAGAUCAGUUGACUGUUUCAGAGGAGGGAUUUGUCGAAGUACCGGAGGAUGAGGAUGAACAGGAGGACUCUGAAGAGGAAGACAUCUUCGAUACAACUUAUGUUGACGUUCUCCAGAAUAUCGAUGUUCAACUAGCUUACAUUCCUGAAUCACCAACUGAGGAAGAAGCUGGUGACGAUCCGUUUGACACUACAAACGCUGACAAAGUUCUCAAGACUGUUGAUAAACGUGGUAAGAAGGUUGUGAGCCUUGGUAACGCUGUUGAAGUACUCUCCGGACGUAUUGAUCACGUGAGUACGUGUAAGAUAUCAAGGCCCAGGAGAGUCAAAGCCCAGGAUCUCCUUUUGGGAGAUGAUGAUGAUUUUGAUGGUCUUGAUGUAACGCCGGAACCGGUUGAGGUUGAGAAGUCACUCCUCGAUGAUGACACCGAUCUUCCGGAUGUGCCUAUUGAUUUGACUAAUCUGCCACCAGUUGCCAAUUUACCACGUCCAGCUCCAGAGGUUGAUGCUGAAGCAGAGAAGCCUGCUGAGGUACCACUCGACAUUUCCGAGUUCGAGGUGCUAAAGGAGAAGACAAUUCUCGAAGAAAUCCCGGAUUUGGAUGACGAUUUCGAUCUCGAUGGACCGAGUGACGAACCCGUGCGAUUAGAGGAGGCAGAUGAUCCAUUCGCCGAGAAGGAAACUGGAGACAUUGUACCUGAAACUGAGAUAAUCGAGGUCAGUUUUGAAGCAGCGACAUUUGUCAACGAGGACGAUCCCUUCGACACCGGUUUCGCUGAGAAUUUGAUACCCGGUAAAGCCGAGUUGAAGUUCAUUGAAAAAGAGCUUGAGGAAUUACCAGAGGCUGAGGUAUCUAUUUCACUGACGGAUCCUGCUGGUCUCAGGAGGGAUUACGAGACUGGUCUUUUAACGAGCCAACAAAACACCACUUCAUUCGCCGCUAAGAAAGAUCUUCUCGGUGGUUCCACAACUGAUCUCAGUGAGCUUGUGGAACAACCGAUCGCACCAGUGGAAGAUAUCACCUACACUGAUCCAUUCGACACAUCUGGAAUCCAAGAGCUUCCACCGGGACAAGCUGAGCUCAAGUACCUGGAGAAAGAACUCCUCGGUGACAACAGCCGUCAGCACGUUGAUAUCCUCGACGACGACGACUUUGAUCCACGUGAAGGAGAGACACCAGCACCAGCUCCAGUCGAACCGGCCAAAUUCCAAGUGCAGUUUGAUACAGAAGAGGAAGACAUCGUUGUUCCCCCUCAGGGAAGAAAACCAUCCCGGCCCGAGGCUCUGGGUCUUGCGCCAACUAAAACCGUCGCCUUUGAGCUACCAACACCCUCCCAACGUCCAGAUUUAUUAAUAACUGGAGACGAGGAGAAAUCAAUAGCCUCGAAGCCAUUAACACCGUACUACACCCAAAAGUCACUCGAAGACGAGCUUCCUGAGGACGAGAAUUUGGAAGAGGCAAAUGCCGAUCCCUUCGACACGAGUUUCGUAUCGAAAGUGACUCCUGGCAAGACUGAGCUCAAACUCAUUGAGUCAGAACUUCUGAAGGAAGAAGCCAAGUUGACUCACAGCAUCAGUGACUACGAAUUUAAUCCGAGAAGUGAACCAGAAUUGGGUAGGCGUCAGAGUGACUUCGGGCCCACGACACUUCGCCCUAAAAGUUUAAAACUAGGUGAAGCCGACCUUGCGCUCAUUGAAGACACCGAGGAAUCUAAAAAUGCGUUCGAGGUGAAUGAGGCUGUCCACAAGCGAAAAAAAUUCGAGUCAAAACGACAAGAGAGUCUUCUGGAUGCUGAGGUUGCAGUUGAUGCUAAACCACUCACUCCAAGAAUAGAAUCCAAGGUCAUCGAGGAAGAAGAGGAAAUUUCGUACGUCGAUCCUUUCGAUACGUCCAUAGCCAGCAAUAUUUUACCGGGCAAGGCUGAGCUCAAGCUCCUCGAGAGCGAGCUAAGCCAGGUGUCAGCUCAUCCCAUCCCUGUGAGGAUCAAUAAGAUUGACCUUAACAAGGUAUCAGCCCCACCUCUGCCAGUUCUAGACGACGAGGACGACUUCGAUCCACGCGCUGGUGAAAUCAAAGAGACACCAGAUUUCUUAUCCAUCGACGAUCAAAACUCGGGGGAUAAAGUUCUCACACCUCUCCAGAAUUCUCAAUUAGAGGAUAUAGAUCCCUUUGACACGAGUUUCGCUGCUAUUGCGCCCGGUAAAACAGAACUGAAACUACUCGAGUCUGAGUUGAUGGAGAAAAUAUUCAAUAUGGAUUCCAAAGGGGGUAAUCCUUUCUUGAUGGAUGACUACCAAGCGGAGCAUCCUCCACAGCAGUCGAAUCCAUUUCUCCAAGAUUUUGCUGAGCCAGUGGCAUCAGCCGGAGAGAAUCCGUUCUUGAAUUUUUCAACUGAACCAGCUUAUCAACCACCCACGGACUCAACAAAUCCGUUUGCAAUCUUCGAGCCAACUCAGGAUGCCCCACAAUACAUUCCACCCAUAUCAGAACCGGAGUCGUUUGCAGCUCACGAGCCGGAUUUAUUCGGCGUAGAAGAGAAGCCAACGAGCCUCUUUGGUACUGAAGAACCGGAAGUCUUCCAAGGGGAGCCAGUGGCUUUCAGUCCACCUCAGGAACCCGUGGAAUUCAGCCCUCCCCAGGAGAAGGCAUCACCACCGAAGAAUGGAAAACCAAUUCCCGCAAGACCUCCACCGCCACCGAGACCCGGACCACCUCCGGCACCACCCCGCAACACCAAAGACUUGAUCCUCUCUGUAACAGGUGCUAUGGACGCAACGUCAAACCAUCUGCUGGAUCGAUUACAAUUCACCAGGACGCCCAGUCCCACCCUGAUGCAUUCACCGUCGCCAACGCCCGAGCACAGCGUAGCAGAUCUUCUCGAUGUUGAUUCCAACGUACCAGAUUUACCGUCGGAUACUCAUCCGGAGACAUCACAAUCGCAAAAUAUUCUGGAUUUGUUCGAUGCACCACAGCCUGAAGACACAGCCACAUCGAUGUUCUCAACACCAGUUAGCAUGGAUACAGUAACUCAUUCUGUAUCAAGUACAGAUACGAUAUUCUCGACUAGCGUCACCGAUACCUUCAGCCAAGGCCAAGAGAAUCCAUUUGGCGUUGUAGAAUCAAUCGCUGAAGCUACACUUCUAGAAGAGGCACCUAUUGCAGAAGCAAAGAGGCCAUCGAUAGACGUCACAGCUUCAACGACAACUUCAGGUUUCGAUUUUGCCUCUGAAGCACCACCAGAAGUGGUGCCAGAAGCUAUUUCUACAGCAGUAGAAUCAAAUUUCUUCAGCGCACAAGAGACAACGGCAAUACCAGCCUCGACGUUCUCGAGUACACCAGCUGGAAUAUUCGGGGGCGAGCCGCUCUUCACGACAGCUAUCAACACUGAAACGGCUCAAGUCCCAAUCGUUGAUCCUCAGACGAAUAUAUUCGCUGAGGACUAUAUCGGUGAAUUUUCUAAACCCAGCGAUGAUAUUGGGGAGUUGGUUUCCACGAGUCCAACACCAGCUAUGGAGUUCCCGAGUUAUCCGGUGGACGAGCAGCUUGAUAACUUCGCAGCUACUACUAGAGCAAUUGAGAGCACCGGAGAUGCUUUUGAUGCUUUUGCCAGCAAGUUCGAUAGAGCAGCUGAGCCUGAAGCAACUAGUGGUGAUCCUUUCUUCGAUGCAUUUGGAGGGAGUGGACAAACAGCCAUGGACACAUCUAGUGAUGUCUGGGGAGAUUCGUCAGCUGCAGGAUCAGAAAGCGCUGUAACAGGUUUCGGCGAGUCCGAGGGUUUUGAUUCUUUUCUAAGUAUGACAGCCCCUCCUCAGGAGACUAAAACAAUCAAAAGAACAGACUCUGGGGACUCUGAUGAGGCCCCCGACUUCAGUGUCUUCAUAAAGCCCAAAGAUGGUGAUCUAGGGAUGACUCACGAAGGAGGUCCAGUUCCAGUUCUCGCUCCACCACCAAAGAGUCCCAUAAACUCUGCUUUCAACGACUCAUCUCCACGAUUCAAUCCUUUUGAUAAAUCUGGCUUUGCACAGGAAGCAGUUAUUCCAACGGAAAUUCCUCAACCAGCGGAAAUGACACGAACAGACUCUCAGGAAACUCCACCCACUCCUCUCUUCGAUGAGGACGUCAGUCAACCUCUGGAGGACUUUCCAAGGGUGACCUACACUGGCGAUGGCUGGGAGUUUCAUCUCAGGCAACCAAACAAGAAGAAAAUUACAGGACAGAGAUUCUGGAAAAAAGUAUUCGUCCGCCUUGUUUAUCAGGGCGACAGCCCCACCCUUCAGCUAUUCAAUAACAAGGAUGAUAAAGACCCAUUCACAGAACUACCUUUAUUGACUUGCUAUUCAGUAUCGGAAAUAGCUGCUCAACAGUUCGAUCAAUACGGCAAGAUAUUCACUGUUAAACUCCAGUAUAUUUUCUACAAGGAACGUCCUGGUGUGCGACCUGGACAAGUGACAAAGGCUGAGAGACUUACAAACAAACUCAGUCAAUUUGCAGCUUAUGCUAUUCAGGGUGAUUAUCAGGGCGUGAAGGAGUUCGGAAGUGAUUUGAAGAAGUUGGGACUUCCGGUUGAGCAUGCACCACAGAUAAGCCAGUUGUUUAAACUUGGAUCGCAGAAUUAUGAAGAUAUGAAGACGUUCUCCUCAGCUAUUGAGGAGGCACUCUUCAGGCUAGCUGCACACAGAGAUCGAGCGUUAACUUAUAAAAUGGAGGAAGUGCAGAUAAAUGUUGUUGAUGAAGUUUAUGUAGAGCAGAAUGCAGAGGGUCAUGUGGAAAAGCAGAUUGCCAGGGUUCGAUUAUUCUUUCUCGGAUUUUUAACAGGAAUGCCGGAUGUUGAACUCGGCAUCAAUGACAUGUGGCGACAGGGAAAGGAAGUAGUGGGUAGACACGACAUUAUUCCUGUUGUAACUGAAGAAUGGAUUCGUCUCGAGAACAUCGAGUUUCACUCGUGUGUGCAGCAGGACGAAUACGAGAGGUCUAGAGUCAUAAAGUUCAAGCCACCUGAUGCAUGUUACAUUGAAUUAAUGAGAUUCCGAGUGAGGCCACCAAAAAAUCGGGAGCUCCCGUUGCAAUUGAAGGCUGUCAUGUGCGUCACUGGUAACAAGGUGGAGCUCAGGGCUGACAUCUUAGUCCCAGGUUUUGCUUCAAGAAAACUGGGACAAAUUCCCUGUGAAGACGUGAUGGUUCGGUUUCCAAUCCCCGAAUGUUGGAUUUACUUAUUCAGGGUGGAAAAGCACUUCCGCUAUGGCUCGGUAAAAUCUGCCCACAGGAGAACUGGAAAGAUCAAGGGAAUCGAGAGAUUCUUGGGCGCGGUGGAUACGAUGGAGCCACAACUGAUGGAAGUGACAUCCGGGCAGGCCAAGUACGAGCACCAGCAUCGUGCAAUUGUUUGGAGGAUGCCCAGGCUACCGAAGGAGGGUCAGGGUGCUUACACCACUCAUCAACUUGUCUGUCGUAUGGCUUUGACGUCUUACGAUCAAAUACCAGACAAUUUGGCUGAGUAUUGUUACGUAGAAUUCACGAUGCCAGCCACUCAGGUAUCCCAUACGACUGCACGCAGUGUCAGUCUUCAGAAUAGUGACUCUGACAAUCCACCGGAAAAAUACGUGAGGAAUUUAUCACGUCAUGAGUACAGGGUUGGUAUAGAGCACACUCAGGGUGAGGGUCCAGGUGCUUACGUAGCGGCAACGAAGAAAAUACCAGAAGCAACGCCAGAGAUUCACGAAGAGAUCCACGAGCCUCCACCUCCAGCGGAAUCAGACUCGGACUCCUCAGAGUAGAUUUUCAAAUGUGUAGAAUCAACAGCAGAUAUCAACAGAUAAUCAAUUUGAACUGAAUAAUGAAUAACAAGUAAAUAUUGAGAUUAUCUAGGUGUAGGGUUUUUCAGACAGAAGGACGUGGACGUUUUAUGAUGGAAUUUAAAUCGUAAAGAAUAACAGCAAUCGUAAAAUAUAUCUAUAUAAAGAAUACAUAGAUUUAUCGAUAGAUGAAGGGGAGAGGCUUAUCGGGAUGCAGUCGAGGUGGAUUAGUUGUUGAUGAAGGACAAUACACAGCUUUUUAUUUCAGUUUGCUUUGAGACCUGAAUCGGCUGAAUCUAUUGCAAAGGGUAAAUUACUUUGCCAAUUUUUCAUUGAAGGAAUGACUUUUUUUCAUAGAUUAAAGUAUACGCUAUUGAUUGGUUAGCAAUGUAUAUGGGCUUGAUAAAAUUGAGCUUGUUAAUUGAAUGAUAUAUUACUGGAAAACGUUGAUUUACUUUUGUGGUAGAAUUGCUAAGGCAAAAUCGUGCAUAUCCUUAUUGUUUGGGCCCUGCAGAUGAUCUAUGCAAUGUUAUCUAGUCAUUUUAGGUGACAGAUUAUAUAUUGUUGCAUUAUAUACGUCGUAGUUUAAUUAAAAAUAUUGGAGAAUAUUAUAAAGAUUGAUUUAAGGAUAAUUGUGGACGAGUGUGGGUGAAUACGAGUCAUUAAAAUAAUCUAGGAUUAAGCUAAUGUAAACGAGUGCGCAAUUGUAGAUUGUAAGUUUCAUUUUGAUAUUUUUGUUUUUGUUUGGCAAGAAAUUGUCACGUUCUGAGAUUCUGAAGAGAACCCCAGCUAAGACCAAAGAUGUGAAUUAGUAAAAUAUGCAUUUUAAUGAAUGCAAAUUUUGAAUAAUUAAUUAUAGGAUUCAUCAAUACACGAGUCGCGUAUUGCGUCCAUAUAUCUGUUAUAUAAAUUAUACGCUCGCGUCUCAAAAGUAUUAGAAUAAUCUCAAAUAAUAUAAUAUUAAUUUAUUGAAUUAAAAUCUAGAUUUUAAUGAACAGAAUAGCCGUAAGUUUCAUUUGUCUUCUUUUUUGUUCUACGUUUUAACGUCCUGAAAACGGACUAUCGGAGUGCACUACUCUAGUCACUAGUUCAUAAGGAAGAUAUAUUAAUUAAUUAAUAUCGAGAUAUAUGUAAAAUUAUUUUGAAUGCGGAACAAACUGAUGAAUUGAUGCAUUUUAUCUUUCUUUAACCAUUCAAGUAAAACUUCUGAAACAUUCCUGAUUAAUAAACAAAUAACGAAGUAUACCAAUAACGAAAAAGUGUCAGCUGUUGGCUCUACGAAUUGAUAGAAUAUACUCCAGAGUAAUAAAUUUUCAUUUCGAUUUAAAAGUUAGGAAAAAAAAAAUCAUAAAACAUUUCUUGAAACUCGUUGCCAAUGGGCGAUGUUUCCAGCUCGUGAUCUCAAUACUUAAUCGCACGUGAGAACCAGAACGGCGUUGUAUAGUUAAGCUAAAAGAAAAAUACUCAAACUAUUAUGCAUGUAUAGAAUUAGGCGUAUGUAAAAUUGAAAAAGCCAAGAGAGGAGAGAAAUUAUUUCCAGAGGCAAUUCGAUCGGGCAAUUUAUUUCUGGCCCAGAUUAACUGAGUCAAUUCGCCAAAAAAAGAGACGUGUUCGUUGAAUGUCUUCUCACUUUAUUUUAAUCCCAGAGUAAACAUUGGAUACCAGGUGUACUACAUUUUGAAGGUUCAAUUAUCCGAGAGUCCAUUCGAGACUAAUUCGCAGACAAACAACCAUAAGCAUUUAAUAAUAUAAAAAUAAGUCUACAAUAAAGAAUGAAAUUUAAAAAAAAGUUGAAGGAAAUAUUGUUAUUAAGUAUAAUCCAAGGUGUACAUCGAUAUCACGCAAUAACACACUCCAAUGAUUUAUUUUCAUUUAGCUUGGAGAAAAAUAAAUUAACACACAUAAUAAAAGACCUCAUAGAACUAUCAAUUAAGGCAAUAUAAUAACAUACAGCAGUGAAAAUAAAUUCGCUGUUAAAACCAAUGGUGGAGAGUCCGAAAAAGCGUUACCAAAUCGCGUAGCUUUUCUUCGAAUGUAUGUGUUACUUAACUAAACAAAAAAAAAAUCCAUACCCAACGAUAAUAAAAUUCUGCUCCCGUUGUAAAUGACGAAAACUGCGUUGUCAUUGUUUUA